UAAAUCGGAGCCGGAAGUGGACGUUGACAGGGAAAUCUCUUCUCUGGAGCUCUGAGUCUGUAUUCCUCUCAAAUCAGAACUCAGUAGACUCUUUGCUUUUUAGCUAAAUAAAAUAAAGAAAGUCACCCUGCAAUCGCAGCUAACAUUUUUCAGGGAUGGGCUCUAAAGAUCUGAAACUCAUGGAUGUGUUUUCAUACGAGAGUCUCGUGCAUGCAGUCGCCGGUGCGAUGGGCAGUGUAACAGCAAUGACUGUUUUCUUUCCUCUUGACACAGCCCGGCUCAGGCUGCAAGUCGAUGACAAGCGGAAAGCCAAAUCUACCCCAGCCAUUCUGUCUGAGAUCAUCAAGGAGGAGGGUCUGUUAGCUCCAUAUAGAGGCUGGUUUCCAGUGAUCUGCAGCCUUUGCUGCUCAAACUUCGUCUACUUCUAUUGUUUCCAUAGUCUGAAGGCCACCUGGCUGCAAGGUCAGAGGUCAACACCAGGACGAGACCUCCUUUUUGGCAUUGCUGCAGGUGUAGUAAAUGUUCUUGUGACCACUCCACUCUGGGUGGUCAAUACCAGACUGAAACUGCAGGGGGCGAGAUUCAGAAACGAAGACAUACAGCCCACGCACUACAACGGAAUUAUGGAUGCGUUUGUACAGAUCAUGCAGCAGGAGGGAGUGGGUGCGUUAUGGAACGGGACGUUUCCCUCCCUGCUGCUGGUGCUCAAUCCAGCCGUGCAGUUCAUGCUCUAUGAGGGUCUAAAGAGGCAGCUGAUGAGGGGCGUCCACAGAGAGCUCUCCUCAGUGGAGGUGUUUCUGAUUGGAGCCAUUGCCAAGGCUGUUGCGACCACCAUAACGUACCCUCUACAGACAGUUCAGUCUGUUCUGCGGUUCGGACAGCAUGGGCAGCCUGCAGGUCAGUCCAAACUCCUGAACAGCCUGAGAUCUGUCAUGUAUCUGCUGAUCAACAGAGUCAGGAAGUGGGGCAUGCUGGGAUUGUUUAAAGGCCUGGAGGCGAAGCUGCUUCAGACGGUCCUCACUGCCGCACUGAUGUUCUUGCUGUAUGAGAAGAUCGCCAACACCACCUUCAGGGUCAUGGGCGUCAGACGCACAGUGACGGCCCACUGACCUCUCACAGGGUGUUUAUUAGCCCACUGAUGUCAUAGGAACGGAGUAUAGCUGUGUUAUGAAAAAUAGUCAAUUGAUAUGGUUUUUAUUUUUUUUUAUUUUUUAAAGAUAUAAACACUCAAAAUGGACAGGAACACUCAAAAGUUUAGACACCCUUGACUCAGUUUGUUUCUCAUGAUCUAUAAAACAUUUUGACCUAUAGGCUCCAGUAAUUGUAAGAAAAUAAAAUCUAAAUAUUAGGGGGGAAAUUAAAAUUAAAAUUAAAAAUAUUGCUUUGGCAGCUUACUAAGAUAAAUAAUUAAGUUGUACAUAGGAAAAUGACUAAAACUAAAAAGCUACAUAGAAAAAAAAAAACUUACACUAAUAGUAGAAUGAAGACUGGAAAUAUAAAACAAUAACUAAUUUAAAAUAUUAAUAAUGUAUAUUAUUAUUAUUAUGUGUAUAUAUUAUUAAUAACUUUAUUAGUAUAUACAUAAUACUGAAAUAAUACUAAUUCUUAGAUUAGAAGGUUUAUAGUAUAAACUAGAUAUAAAACGUGUAAAAUUUCAAGGAUGAUUAAAUAUUUAACAGUUUUAAUUUGCGCUCCUUUUUUUUGUAUAAUUCUCACUUCUAUUUGUUAUUUCUUAGAUUAAUAACUUGACUAUUACUCAGAAAUUCUUAAGAAAAUACUAAAAGAAAGCGUGUGUCCAAACUUUUGAUUGAUAGUGCAUUAAUAUAAAUAAUUAUCACAAAUAAGAUGUAUGCAGUAGUACUGAAAUGAAUCACACUUAUAUAAUAAUUAUUGCAAUAUGUACUCUUUAAUGCAAAAUUGCCUCAAUAGGUCAAAACCUUGGUCAGUAUUUCAAUUAUUAUUAUUUUUUUUUAAUGAUAUUUCAUUUAAUUUAUGAUCUGAUUGGGUUUAUGAAUACCAACAAUUCCGGACUUAUUUACAUACUGUCAAAAAGAAAAUGAUGCAUGGGACGGAUCUGUUUUGUAAGAUCAUAGCUGUCGAUAUUAGAGCCUGCUCUUAUAUAUGCCUUCCUGCACUGAUACAGUUUACCAUACGAAAAAACUACUUCCAGGGUCAUUUUUUUGAUUAUGUUGGUGAUACUUGAUUUCACUUGACAACACAAAGAUGCAACUUCACAAGGUUCAUCACGUCUGAAUUGUGAAUGUUGGACACAGAAGUUUUAAGACCUGAAGUGUAUGCUUAUGUACAGAUUUGUGGGAAUCCAUACAGAAAAUUAGAUUAAAUGUUCACACUGUACUAGAAUGCAUACAGUUACAGUUAUGUAUAAAUGUAAAAUGUGGAUGUUUAUUAUUGAAUGCCAAUGAUUCCAUUAACAUUAAUACAAAUAUUUGUUAAUAAUCACACAUCCAAGUUCAGUCAGAUUCAAAAUAUAAAUAAUUGAUUAUUCAUUAAUGACUACUUACCGUAGAUUUUAUAAUUGAUGUCACAUAAAAGCUGUAUAAUGUUUCUACAAUAAAAUCAUUGAUCAAUGAUAA